AUGUUAGAGCAUAAACAGUGGCGAUACUUGAACAGUACGGAUGUUAUUAACGAUCAUCCUUAUUGGGUACAUUUUGAUGUUUAUGCGCUCCAAAGUAAUGACACAAUCGAGUUAGGAUCAUUUCGAUACAUAAUCUACUUUGAUUACCUUCCGGCCUUUCGUCUCGCAACGGUGUUGAAAUUUCCGUCUUGGUUUGGAAAUUCUACGAUCGAUCCAUGCGCUCAAAAGCCAUGUAGUGCAAAUUCUAUCUGUAAACCUAUUCUAAACGAAGAAGGAAAGUUCUAUUGUUCGUGUUUAUCAGGUUACACAGAUGUGAACUGCACUGUAUAUGAACAAAAAUGCUCUUCAUAUUGUUCACCAGAUUCCAUUUGUCGACCUGAUCAACGUGGUCUCAUUAAAAAUCCAGAUAAUCCAUUAUGCAUAUGUUCUCUCGAUCAUUUUGGUCCGAGUUGUCAUAUACGAAAUGAAGCAUGCGAAUCAGAUCCUUGCGGCUUGAAUGGAACUUGUCAUUUAACAUACGACCCAAGUGGUGACAAACCAAUCGUUUGUCAAUGCUCAAAGCAGUUCUAUGGUGAUCGAUGUCAAUAUGAGAAAGUCGCAGUUGCAAUUCAUGUGAACAUGACUUUAGCACCAAGUGUUAGUGUCGUUCAGUUCUACGACUUUGACCAGCUUUCAGGAUCGAUAAUAAAAUUACAACAUCAGAUGAUCACUACUGGACUGCCGCUAACAAUUCGUUAUUAUCAUGACCAAGAAAAGGCUCCGUUUCUUUGUCUACUGAAAACUUACGAAGGUUUCUCAGACCCUCAAUACUACGUGCUCUACGUUCAAGAGAAUAGAACACUUAUCAACCUCACUUCAACGCCUCGAUUUUGUCCAAAUGCCAUAUCACUACUGCCUAGAGGUAAGUUAUUUGCAUUUUGA